AUGCCCUGCUGGCCAACUGACGCUGAAUGGCAAGAAUUUAAUCAGACCGUCGAGGGGGCGCUUCAAGCAACCGUUCCUUGGGCGAAGCCUUGCUUUAGCGGUCUAUCCUUUGGAACAGCCUACGAUCCUACGGAAUGUGCCUAUGUCGAGCAACACUACGCCGAUAAUCCGCUGGUUGGCCCGAUGAAUGUGCCCUGUGGGCCUUAUCGCGAGGCACAAUACGGCUCGUUUUCACAGCUCAACUGGGAGAGCUGCGGAGCUCAGGACUGCCAGCUGCAGAGUGCCGCGCCUCAAGUCCUACAACCCAUCCUCCGCAAAUGCUCACUAGGACGCAUGUCUGCUUACUACGUCGCUGCCACUACGCCAGAGCAUGUUCAAAGCACCAUCAACUUCUGCAAGCAGCACAACAUCUUCAUGUCGAUCAAGAACACCGGCGACGACUAUGUCGGGCGAUCCGCAGCUGCCAACUCUCUCGCAUUAUGGACAUGGAACAUGAAGAGUCUGGACUAUGUAGAAGAUUGGACUGCCACCGACUGCCCUGCUGUCCAAUACCCCAAUGUUGGAAUCAUGGGUGCAGGUAUCGCAGCGAACGAAGCCGAGGCCUACUUCACCAGCAAGGGGAUGCAAAUCACAGCAGGUGCCGUACAGUCUGUAGGACUCGCUGGAGGAUACGGUCAGGGUGGCGGUCAUGGCGCACUCGGACCCAAGUAUGGACUGAUGGUCGACAAUGCGCUGUAGGAUACACCACUCCACUCCCGUCUCGAAAAUUUGCUAACGUGUGACAGCGAGUUCGACGUUGUUACUGCUGAUGGUCGCGUGCGCACCAUCAACCAAUGCAACGACCCCGACUUGUUCUUCGCCAUGCGCGGUGGCGGUGGUAGCACUUACGCCGUUCUGUUGAACUACAAGUUCAAGGUCUUCCCAGAAGUGCCCUUGUACUUCUAUGCCUUCCAAGCUGACCUGUCACCAUUUGCACAACAACCUUUCGCGUUGCCAAUCAACAGUCCGGCCUUGUCCUCCGCCGUGACCGCCCUUGCCAACAAUCAGAAAAUGUUUGUCGACAACAACAUCUCGAGCUACAAUUUCUACUACCCACAGCGAGUCGAGACCUACCAAGUUCUACCAGCUGGCGAUGAGGACGCCCUGGCAAGGUUCAAGGACCUCAAUGCGGCAUACCAAGCGGCUCUCGAGGCGAUUCCUGGCGCGACUAUCAAACAGAACGAAUACCUCACUUUCCAGCAUCAAACUGACUUUGCCGACUACACCACUUCGACCGCUGUUCGUAACACGCCACAAGGCUAUGCCGAGGCACUUGCUGGUCGCUUCAUCCCCCGGUCCCAAUUCAACGAUGACGCUUCCAUCGCCACAUUGGUCAAGGCUUUCCUUGCCGGCUUGCAGGAAUCGCAGAAUCCACUCGACGCCCUCAAGCCAAUCGCGGCGCAAGUCUAUGUCACCGGACCCAGUGGGCCGAACGCGCCAAAUCAAGAUGGCAGCGAAACAGGCGUGAACACUGCUUGGCGCGACGAGCUCUGGGAAGUCGUCUACGCCGGCGGCUGGGUACAGGGGACGCCUCAAGCAGCACAAGAUGCCAUCACUGGCCUUGUGCAUACCUCGAUGGACAAUCUGCGUGACAUCACGCCGGGAGGCGGGUGCUACAUGAACGAGGCGGACGUGCUGGAAGAUGAUUGGCAGACGGCUUUCUUUGGGGAGAACUACGGUCGCUUGCUCGACAUCAAGAAGCAGUACGACCCGACCAAUUUCUUCAACUGCUGGAAGUGUGUGGGCUGGACUGGAGCCGCUGAGUAUGUCGUCCUCCCCGUUCUCUUCGACGCUUGGUCCCGCUGACAAACCCAUUAGUCCACUGUACUCGUGCUAUGCUCAAUCCAUGAACCCGCUCGUGGCCACUAACCCUCUAUAG